CAACAUUUGCUCUUGAGGCCGCCCGAGAGCUCAAAGCCUACAUCUUCCAACGACGUUCUUGGCCAUGUUCGGCGUCUUUGUGAUGCUCGGGCUGGGCGCGAUCGCACUCCCGACGGAGGCCACCACCGCGCGAAGCACCAUGUUCGGGUCCAUCCUCGAACCGGCACCCCCAACAGGCUCCAUUCAGUCCUUUUGCCGCUACUGCGGCUCCCGCGAGAGGGAGGACAACUGCACGGACGUCACCUGCCAGCUCACGAUGGGCAGGGUCGAAAUGCAUGUCCCGCUCAAGGAAACGCCCCACCACACUCUCAACUCGAAGGCGAUCAACGUGACCACCCGCGGCUACAACAAGAACACGCCGAUGGGGCCGACCAUCAAAGUCAAGCCCGGCGACACCCUCAAGGUCACGCUCAUCAACAACCUGACGGAUGUGGACGACCCGGACGCGCAAAUGGCGGGGCUCACAAACUACCAGCACGACUACCAAGCGACCAACCUGCACACGCACGGCUUGCACAUCAGCGGUGAGGACCCGGCGGACAACGUCUUUCGCCGCGUCGCACCGGGCGACAACCACACGUACACGUACGUGAUCCCGGAGGACCACAUGCCGGGAACCCAUUGGUACCACCCGCACUUCCACGGGCCGACGGGCAUCCAGGCGGGCGGCGGUGCCGUCGGGCUGCUGAUCGUCGAGGACGUCGUGGGGGAGCACGGGACCCUACCCAAGUACUUGACCCUACCCAAGAUCCUCAAGGAGGAGAAGCAUCUCAUCAUCCUCGGCGCCGAUGCAAACAAUCAGAAAGGAAUCGAAAGGGGAGGUCAAGGGGCAGUGGACUUUUUUCCAGGGGAGGGAGGGGCGGAACCGACCGGAAUGCUGCAAUGCUGCCUGGCAUACGGGAACAAAAGCAUGAGCAAGGAGCAACUGGCGGAAAGCAAACUAUGCAGUGCCCCGGUUUCCCCCUUCACGGCCGAGGAGCAUGAGUUGCUUGAAGAGCGGGGAAUGCGGAACCGCGAGGCCCACCUCAACGAUCUCGACGACAGGUGCAAGGAGAAGUACGAGCUGAUCACAGACCAGAUGUACAUCGUCUUCCCGGAAUUCUGCGAGGCGCAACUCCUCGCAAAGGAUGGCGUCUACCUGCACGACGCGCCACGACCGGUCAAGUACGCCUUCCUUGGGCUCGGCAACCGUGCGGAUCUCCUCAUCAAGUUCGCCGACCGACCGCGCAUGUUGUACCCGAAUCCGACUCUUCUCGACGGGCUCCUUUACAACCAAAACGACGAGGAUGUCAAGCACAACAAGGUCACCAAUGUCGUGUGCAAUGCCGCCGACGCCAUCCCACACGCGAACAAAUCGGACGCCUCGGUGGUCCGAGAGACGCUCCUCGCAAAGGCGCAGGGCAGGAUUACGAUCCCGCUCAUGUACAUGGAAAUCGUCCAAGGGGUUCCAGCGCCCACGUGCACGCUCCCGAAGUUUACAGACCUGACGCAAGACGGCAACCUCGAGCUCCACUUUGGGCCCGGUCCUGACUCUGCCGAUGGCAAAUUCUUUUCCGAUGGCAGCGCAUUUUCUCCUUUCACCAUCAACAAGAAGCGGCACGUGAUCCCAUUCCAGCUCCAGACGGGGUAUGACGAGUUCAAGACGAUGCGCAAGCAUUACAACCUCUCGAACUUCCUCGGUGAGCCGUACUUUCAGGCUGGCGACUGGCACGACACGCUCCAGGCAGCACCCCAGGUGCCGCCAAACUGGUGCCACAACAAGGCGGCGGAGGAACAGCACAGUCCCGACGGGCUCACGGACAAGGAAUCGGCCAACAACCUUACGCACGUCGUCCGCGCCAACGACUGGGGCAUGAUGACCAUCCUCAAUUUCACCGAAAACUCGGACGGCAACUUCACCUUCUGGGGCAACAAGCUCCUCGACCCAACGUGCUUCCAAGGCCAGCCCUCCAACAAGGGUGCCACCGUCAAGGCAAAGGACGACGGAACCUUCACGGGGCUUUGCUGCGCCGGAAAGCACGACCGCGCGGGCUGCGGCGGCGGCGAGUGUAUCGGCCAGUACUAUGAGUCGCUGGGCUACGAGGCGGCCGUGUACGUGCUCGGCGGGGCGACCCGCGACCUGCUCUUCUCCACCGUCCCCGUGCCGGACCGAGAGCCGGACUACUUCGCGUGCGCGUGAGAGUUGGGCCCUUGCGCGGCUGUCUCGAGGGGGCCGAUCGAUGCGCGGCACCGUUACCCUCGAGGCCGAUCGAUAGGCCGACGCGGACCGCGUGUCGCUAAGUGGUAUGGAGCUCCAUGUACGGCCCCCAGGGUCGACGGCGCAACCGCAAAUCGGAGACUGCAACGGGAAUGAAUCGCUAAUCUGACUGUAUCCAUGACGUGGGAAGCCACGGUCCUGUGCUCAUUACCAGGAUGGCAUGUGCGCGCUCGGCGCGGGCUCGGAUGCGUGUUACACGCGUCUGAGAACGCGUUGGCUCGCAAUCGGGAAACGCAACGGACGAUAAAUAGGUAGCGUGACUGUAUCCAUGACGUGGGAGAGCCACGGUCCUGUGCUCACUACCAGGAUGGCAUGUGCGCGCUCGGCGCGGGCUCGGGUGCGUGUACACGCGUCUGAGAACGCGUUGGCUCGCAAUCAAUCGGGUUUGUCUUUUGAUAAAUAGAGGCGGAGACGGCGCC